CAUCGCCCAACUCACACUAGACGGCCCAAGCAACAUGCGUCGCACUAAGCCCUCGGGCGCUGGCCUCGGAAAGGCUCUCAUCAACCGCAAGGCCAAGGAGGCUUAUGCACCGAAGGAGUCGCAGUUGUACUCCCUUGACGACAACAACCCGCUGGCUUCGGUCACGCACGAGCGUGACCUUGACGAGUUUCUCGCCAAUGCCGCACUCGCUGACCACGACUUCACAACAGAACGCUCAAAGAUUCGUAUCAUUCAGCAGGUCGGCGGUGUGAUGCCCCAGGCAAACCCGUAUCUCCUCUCAGACGCCGAGGAAAAGCGAGUCGAGAAGAAGCAAGAGGAGGCGCGGAAGGAUCUGCAUGUCCCCCGGCGACCGCCCUGGACGCGUGCGACCACGAGGCAAGAGCUCGAGAAGCAGGAGCGCGAGUCCUUCCUGGACUGGCGCCGGCAGCUCGCUCACCUCGCUGAGGACAGCUCUUUACUGCUCACUCCUUUCGAGCGCAACAUCCAGCUUUGGCGACAGCUGUGGCGUGUCAUUGAGCGGUCGCAUCUCGUUGUUCAGAUUGUCGACGCACGGAACCCCCUCGGCUUCCGCUGUGCCGAUCUCGAGGAGUACGUGCUCGACGUAGGCAGUGAAGAGAUGGGUGACGAGACGACCGUCCCAGGCAAGGGCAAGCGACGAAACUUGCUACUCAUCAACAAGUCGGAUUUGCUCACGUACGAGCAGCGCUGCAUGUGGGCCGACCACUUUGAGAAGAUUGGCAUCAAGUAUGCGUUCUUCUCUGCGGUGGCUGCGGCGGCUGCCCAGGAGGAGCUUGAUGCGCAGGAGCGGCGCGAGGAGGAUUCGGAUUACGGAUCCGAGGACGACUCGGCGUCUGAGGCGGACGAGGAGGACAAGGAGGCCGAGGACAAUGGGGUGACUGAGGACGACGAGGACUACGUCACCGAAAGCGAUGAGGAGCCCAUCUCCAAGAACAAGGGCAAGCAGCGCGCUACCGUGGAGGACGAGGAUAUCGCCGAGGACGUCGCUGAGGCUCUGAAACAGACAACACUCGAGGAAGCCAAGCAGCAGAAACCCGCGGGGCCGGCUCAACCAGAAUCUGACCGCACGCGCGUGCUGUCUGUCGCAGAACUUGAACACUUGUUCAUCUCCUCGGCGCCGCCCCUUUCCGACUUUGCCACCGAGCGUGAUCCCAACCCAUCCAAACUCAUGAUCGGUCUGGUCGGCUACCCGAACGUCGGCAAGUCUUCCACGAUCAACGCCCUCAUCGGCGCCAAGAAGGUUUCAGUCUCGGCGACGCCAGGAAAGACGAAGCACUUCCAGACGCUCGUGCUCACUGAGGAUAUCACGCUCUGCGACUGCCCCGGUCUCGUUUUCCCUCAGUUCGCCAACACGCAGGCCGACCUCGUGUGUGACGGUGUGCUGCCUAUCGACCAGAUGCGCGAGUACUCGGCACCCGUUGACCUGGUUUGUCGCCGCAUACCCCGUGCCAUUCUCGAAGGGACUUACGGCAUUCGCAUCGACGUGAAGGAGAUCGAGGACGGCGGCACUGGCAAGGUCGGAUGGGAGGAGCUGCUGAGCGCAUACGCUAUCGCCCGUGGUAUGACUCGCUCCUCAUUCGGUAUGCCGGACACCUCGCGCGCGGCUCGCUACGUCCUCAAGGACUACGUCAACGCUAAGCUUCUCUACGCGCGCCCGCCACCUGGCAUUGACUCGGACGAGUUCAUGUCCACUUCCCACCAGCGUACCCUCGAGGCACUCGCGGCUCAGUACGCGGCCGGCCGCAAGAUGCAGCCCGAGACACACGUUCGCCGCAACGCCGACACGUUCAUUGCGCCCUCAGGCGCCUCCACCGCUGCGUCCGCCACCAUGGAGGACGAGCGGCAGGAGCGUGAGCGCGCUCCGACCGUCAAGAGUGUGCGCCAGUCCGCCGCCACGGCGCCAAUGCGUAGCGGCAAGGUGCGCGCGGCCGCACUCGACAACUACUUCUUCACCGAGUCGGGGCCUGCCCCGCGCCCCGUCGUCAAGGGCCGCUCGCAGGGCGCAGCGGACGCCAGUGAGGGCGGGCUCGGCUUCAGCCGCGCGAUUAUUGCGCCGCACCAGCGUCGCCUUGGGCCUGACGGUAUGCCCCUGCUCGACGAAGGGCCCGUGCGAGUGCGCAACAACGGCAAGAAGCACUACAAAAUCAAGGAGGGCAAGAAGCGUAGCGGGCGAGGCUACGACUAAGCCUGGUGCGUGGGACAUAGACAGAGGGGCUCUGAUGUGGGAGUGAUUUGAUCACAUAUGUCAUUGCCGAUGUUGCAGUCUGUCGUGCGGGAUCGAGCCACCUGUAUACGAUAUUCACAGACGAUCGAGCUACCUGUAUAUCAACGACAAGAGAGAACAGCUUAGUGGAAAACUAACGGCCUGUUAACAUGUCCAAGUCAGCUUGUCUGGAUGGACUGUGCACGGGC